GCAGCUUAAAUAAAGAACGGGAUAUUUCCCAUAAUUCAAUGUGCAAAGUAUUUCAGUUGUGUCGUUGUGCAUGUUGGGACAGGAUUCACGUCCAUCAUGAAAGAAACAAAAAGAAGAAGAAGAGGAAGAAGAAGACAUGCAUCAUGUUGCUGUUAUAAGCAGCAAAUUAAUGAAUAGUAAAAUGCUCACGUGAAAAAAAAAAUAUGUAUAUCAUAAGAAAAAAAAAAUCGUGCAUAUGCAAAGCAUUUAAAAAUGUGGCGUGAAAGAGUUAAGAGUGAAGUGUUAAGGAGUCCAGCUGACAGUCAGCUGAGAAAAAAAAAGUUUUGGCUCCUCUUCUGAUAUGCUAAUAUGAACUGCUAGGACGCACCCUAUUGGCUGUCGCUUCCGUGACGUCAGAACGCCUAUAAAACUCAGCAAUGCUUUUAAACUCAUCUGCCGUUGUGUUGGCUUUUCAAAAAUAACUCCCACACGUUCUUCACGUCCGAGUCGCAAGUUGUCCGCAAGUGCAUUUCAUUAUUUUCUUAAAAACCUUCUCUCAGUUGCUCUUGCUGCAGUCUGCACGAUGUGAUUCAGGACGAGCGCGCACAAAAAAAAAGUCUUCCAUGUCCGAAAAGCAAAGCGAGAGAAAGAGAGAGAGAGAGAGAGAAAGAGAAAGAUUGAAGAGCUGCAGCUGGGAUCUCGGAUGCGUGUGAAGUCUGCGGGACAGUGUGCGUAAAGGUUGGAGUUGAAAGGCUGGGGGAAAAGACCCAGGCAAAAAAAGGACUUCUUUUGCUUUUUUUUUUUUUUUUUUUUUUUUUUUUUUUUUCCUUUCUUUUUUUAACUGAAGACGGGAACAAAAAAGAAAGCCAUCAAGCUGGCUCACUCUCUCCCGGCCCACACCGCGCUGACAGCCGCUCUUCAGCCCCUGUGGAGGAGCGUCAACGGGAAGCGCAUGGCGUCCGAGCUGGCGCUGAGCUCCACCGAGUUGCCCACCAGCCCUCUCGCCAUGGAGUACGUCAACGAUUUCGACCUGAUGAAGUUCGAGGUGAAGAAGGAGCCGGCGGAAACCGAGCGCGUCGGUUUGACCCAGUGUGGGCGCCUGCUCGCCGGAGGCUCCCUGUCUUCUACGCCGAUGAGCACACCGUGCAGCUCGGUGCCGCCCUCUCCGAGCUUCUCUGCGCCUAGUCCCGGUUCAGGGGGCGAGCCCAAAGCGCACUUGGAGGACUUUUACUGGAUGGGUGGCUACGCGCAACAUCAACAACAACAACAGCAGCAGCAGCAGCAGCAUCAACAUCAGCAGCAUCAACAACAGCAACAGCAGCAGCAGCAGCAGCAAGCGCCGUUAAACGCGGAGGCGCUCGGCUUCGGCACGGACGACGCCAUGGAGGCGCUGAUCAGCAGCGCGCACCAGCUGCACGCCUUCGACGGCUACGCGCGGGCGCAGCAGUUCCCCGCUGCAGAAGAAGUUGGGCCGGCCGCGGCUGUGGUUUCAGCCGUGAUCGCCGCCGCGACUGCUCCUCACCACCAGCACCAUCAUCAUCACCAUCACGGCAGCAGCGCGCAUCCAUCCGGCGCCGCGAGCAACCACAGCCAUAACCAUCAUCAUCACCACCACCAACAGCAGCAGCAACAGCAGCAGCAGCAACACGGACACGCGCACGGACACGGGCACGUGGACGACCGCUUCUCGGACGAGCAGCUCGUCACCAUGUCGGUGCGCGAGCUGAACCGGCAGCUGCGCGGCGUCAGCAAGGAGGAGGUGAUCCGCCUGAAGCAGAAGCGGCGGACGCUGAAGAACCGCGGUUACGCGCAGUCGUGCCGCUUCAAGCGCGUGCAGCAGCGGCACGUGCUCGAGGGCGAGAAGACGCAGCUGCUGCAGCAGGUCGAGCACCUCAAGCAGGAGAUCGCGCGCCUGAUGCGCGAGCGCGACGCGUACAAGCAGAAGUACGAGAAGCUCGUGGGAAGCGGCUUCCGCGAGAACGGCUCGAGCAGCGACAACAACCCGUCGUCGCCGGAGUUUUUCAUGUCCUCCAGAAAGUUCCUUCACCUGUGACUGUGACUCCGCCCCUAAAGCCCCGCCCUGAAGAAUGAGCCUCUCAGAUGGACAUGAGCAGUACGGAGGCCAGAGCAAAGGCGUAUCGGGUACGGAAAAGGACCAGAGGCCUAAGUGCACCUUACUUACAGCCCACACUUAAUGCUUCCUGUACAAACAUAUCUAUUUUUAAUAACGCCUAACUUAAUGGCCCAAACAUCUCAGUCAGCGUCCGUCCAAUCUCACGGCAGCACACGGCCAGAGGAUUUCUGCUCGGCUCUCUGACUUUUAUUUCGAAACCACUUUGAAAUUUUCAGCCACAAAACAUUAAAGACGGACCAUAAUCGUAAACUGACUGCUCAUGAUCACGUUAUCAUGACUAAACCACACUUUAAAGCCUUGUAGGGGUUUUGCUCUGGCAGUGCAGCAUCAUAAAGAUGGCUUGAAAUGAUAUCGAUCGGUUGAUUGGUUGAUUGAUUGAUUGGUUGAUUGAUUGAUUGAUUGAUUGAUUGAUUAAUUGACUCCAAACACACUACAACACUGCACUGCAGCACCAAACCUAAAGAGUCAUGAGGUUAUAAAAUAAUAAAAUCAUAAAUUGUAUGAAUGUUUUAUUCUGUUUUAGAUUUCAUUAUAAAUAUUAUACGAUCUACAUUUAAUGCAUUUUAAAUUACAUUUAA